CUGUUUAAUAAGAAUGACUUACAUGCAAGAGGAACUACGAAAGAAAUAAACGAGGAUACAAGUGAAGACGACGAUGGAGAGUCAAUUAGAGGGAGAUGAUGAAGUAGUUCUACUGGCGCCUGCUAGUCCCUUUUCGCAGUACAUGAGCAGCUCUGUGUUGUCCUUCUCCAUUAUUGCUGUUCUGGAAUCAAGUGUUCCGAUUGAAGAUGAUGAUUCAGUCAUCCUUUCUGAAAUCAGGGAUGUCUUUUUGCCCAUUAAUCCAAGGUUUUCCUCAAUCAUGGUGACCGGAAAGAAUGGUGAGAAGAAUUGGAAACCGGUGAAAGUUAAUCUCGAAGACCAUCUCCAAGUCCCGAUAUUCCCCGUCGGGAAGCCGUUGGAAUUCUACGACGACUGUCUGUCGGAGUAUCUGACGAAGAUAUCCAUGGAUCCAUUCCCGGAAACCCGACCGUUAUGGGAGAUUCACAUAUUCCGGUACCCUACGAGCAAUGCUGCCGGGAACUGUAUCUUCAAGCUCGACCACUCGCUCGGAGACGGCUACUCCUUGAUGGGAGCUCUUCUUUCUUGCCUUCAACGCGCUGAUAAUCCGGCGCUGCCGCUGACGAUCCCCCGGCGGGAAGGGAGCGGCAAGAAACAGGGGAAGAAUAGCAACGCCGUCGCCAGGGCGUUCAAGGCCGUGCCGAGGUUCUUGUCCGGCGUUGUCGACACGGUGACGGAUUUUUCCUGGAGUUUUCUGAAGAGCACUUUGAUUGACGACGACAAAACGGCGAUUCAUUCCCAGGAAGACGGCGUCGAGUUGCGGCCGAUAUCCGUUACUACCCUGGCGUUUUCGCUUUACCAUCUGAAACAGAUAAAAUCCAGUCUUAACGUCACGAUCAACGACGUGAUUUCGGGGAUAGUGACGUACGGAACGAGAUUAUACAUGCAGGAAAGCGAGAGAGAAACAUGCAACGGGGAAUGCACGGCGCUGGUGCCGUUCAACACCAGGGCGAUGGGAGGUUAUAAGUCGGUGAGCGAGAUGAUCAAACCCAACGCGGAAAUGCCAUGGGGAAACCGGUUCACGACUCUCCACUUCGCGAUACCCAAACUGCGGCCCCCCGGCGACGGCGACUCCUCGAAUCCCCUCCACUUCAUCUACAAAGUCCAUCGCAUGGUCAAGCGGCAACGCAGUUCCGCGUCCGUCUAUCUCACCAGGCAGUUCCUCGAAUUCUCCAGAAAGCUCAGGGGCCCUGAGGCAACUGCACAGUACUUACUUAGAACGUUCAAGAACACAAGUAUUACCAUGACCAAUAUAAUUGGUCCAGUAGAAGAAACUAUCCUUUCUAACCAUCCAAUAAAGGGCAUGUACUUUGCCAUAUCUGGUGUCCCUCAGAAUUUAUUGGUGACGAUGCUGAGCUACAGGGCCGGAUUUUAGGCUGUGCAAGCUGGGCUACCGCACAGGGCCCCCAAUUUUAGAGGGGCCCCCAAUUUUAGAGGGCCACAUUUAUUUACUAGAACAGGGCCACCAAAACUUAAAAUACGGCCCUGCUGAGCUACGCUGGAAUACUGAGGCUCACCAUUUGUUCGGAGAAAGAUUUCAUAGAUGUGAAGAAACUGAAGUUAUGUAUUGAGUCUUCUUUUGAUGAAAUCUUCAGAUUAGCACUCAAGUCUUCUCCACCACAUGCAUGAAUAUAUAUAUAUAUAUAUAUAUAUAUAUGUAGCAUAUGCUUAUAUAUGCAAGUAGUGUGUGUAAUUUUGUGUUGUUUUCUCCAACAUAUAUAUGUAUACCUCAGAGGUUAUGAGGUUAAUUAGCGCA